AUGUCUGUGCUCCUUGAGACGUCAGUGGGCGACAUCACUAUCGACCUGCUGGUCGAUGAGGCGCCAAAGUGCUGCGAGAACUUCCUCAAGCUAUGCAAGAUCAAGUACUACAACUUCUCGCCCUUCCAUAGCAUCCAGCCAAAUCGCUCCUUCCAGACUGGUGACCCUAUCGGUCCAGGCUCCAAGGAUAGCGAUGGCGGUUCCUCCAUUUGGGGCGUGCUUUCCAAGCAAACUGCGAAGAAAACAUUCCGGCCUGAGUUUCGCCCCAAACUGAAGCAUGCAGACAUGGGCACCGUCAGCAUGGCCACUGCGCCGUCUCCUGAUGAUCCAGACAACCGUUUGGCAGGGAGCCAGUUCCUCGUGACACUCGCGCAAAAUGUAGAGUAUCUUAAUGGCAAAGCUGCGGUAUUUGGUUUGGUUGUCGAAGGGUUCGAUGUGUUGGAGAAGAUCAACACUGCAUUCAUCGACGAUGAUGGACGUCCACUCAAGGACAUUCGCAUCCUACACACGGUUGUACUCGAUGAUCCUUAUGACGACCCUGAAGGCCUCACAGAGCCGCCAAGCAGCCCGGUGCCUUCACAAGCUCAACUUGCCACUGUGCGCAUCGGCUACGAUGAGAGCCUUGAAGAGGAGAAUGACCCAGAGGCACUUGAGCGCAUUCGCCGCGAGCGGGAAGCACGCGCGCAGGCUCUCACACUUGAGAUGGUGGGCGAUCUACCGUUUGCCGAAGUCGCACCACCAGAGAACGUGCUUUUCGUCUGCAAACUUAAUCCCGUGACACAAGACGAGGACCUUGAACUCAUCUUCUCACGUUUCGGCAAGAUCAUGAGCUGCGAAGUCAUUCGGGACAAACGCACCGGGGAUAGCCUCCAGUAUGCCUUCAUCGAGUUUCAGAACCAGAAGGACUGCGAACAGGCAUACCUCAAGAUGGAAGGAGUGCUGAUUGACGACCACCGCAUUCAUGUCGACUUCUCGCAGAGUGUCUCAAGGCUCGCCGACACAUGGCGCGAUGCCACCAACUCAAAGCGCAAGCGCGGCGGCUUCGGCGGUAUCGAGAACCUCGAAAGGAGGCGACAAUACCGCGGCGAAGCCGGUCGGGAGCGCGACCGCGACGGAUAUGGCUUCAUCCAGGACCCUGAAGCCGCCAAGAAGCGAGAGUUGGAGAGCAAGAAAUUCGAAGACAAUUUUGGAAACGGUUCCAAAAAGCCCGUGCCUUCUGGGAGCGAGGACCGACGCAGGCCGCGUGAGCGAAGGGAGAGGGAGACGUCCUACCACGAUGACCGUUGGCGACGAGACCGUAGUCAGAGCCCGAGACGGGAGAGACGGGAUCGUCAUAGCGAUGGACGGUACGAACAGCCUCGUAGGGAGCGUAACCGGAGCAGGGAUCGGUAUCGAGAUGACUGUAACCGACGAGAUACGAGUCGAGAUCGAUAUCGUCAGGAGCAUCGGGGAUCAGAUCGUAGACGUCGAGAUUGA